CUGGGCGCACCGGGAGCGGCGGGACCGAGAGACGGCGGGGGCGGGGCGGGCCCUGAGCAGCUCUCGCUCCCCGCCGGCUCAGGCGGCAAACUGCGGCCGCUCCAUUGUUCGCGGGCGGGAGGUGUUGGUGUGGCGCAGCUGCGAUCGGCGGGUGGCGCCGGGCCCACGGCUGUGCCCCGGGGCUCCGCACUGCGGCCCGGGCUCACCGGGCACACUGAGCACCUCGAACGCUCUCUUUGUGCCGGGCCCAGCCGAUGGAAAGGAAAAGAUCCGGGGCUGAUGCCCCGGCUGCCCGCCCGCGCCCGGAGAGCAGAGAUACGCGAUGGAGGCCCUUUUUUCGGUCCGCUGUUUUGCGAAAUGGUGGCGUCUCUUUUAUCGGAACAGGGAGAUUUUUUGGGUUCCGUGAGACUUGCGGUUUUUUUUAAACUUUUGUUCUUCUAAAGGAUAGUUACGAGCGUGUGGGCACAAGGGACUGAGGUUUCAUUUGCUACGCUAUUGGACAACUUCUCGGCGUUAGUAGUCGGGUCUCAUUGGCGUCUCUGGCUACCUUUGUAACUCCUCUGGUUUUUACGAAGUUAAUGGGCAAGAGAAAUACCUUUUCGAAGAUGACUUGAAAGUUACCUAGCAGAAAAUCCUAGUAUCGCAAACUUUAAAAUUUUGCUGGAAGCCAGCACUGACACGCCUUAAAACAGCUGGGGAGUCUGAAUUCCUUUUCCACUCUCUUGAAAUGCCCUUCAGUGUGCCUUUUUAUUCACUGGGGAAACAUGCAUUUUGUUGUGAAUGCCGAGGUUAGGAAGCAGUAGUCUUCUGGUCUUCCCUUUGUGUUUUCCCAAGAUGCAGAUGAUCAAGGCGAGCCAAAAGAUUUUGUUUCGACAGAUUUUGGACUAGGGACAUUUUGUCUCCCUGGUACCAUUGUAAGGAGUCUUUCGCUCUGGUCCAUGCUUGCUUUAUGUAAGGGGCAGACUUUGUAUUGUCUUUCCACAGUUUUGCAACCUUUCUGUUACAUACAGAGUCAAUAUUAAGUCAUGUGUAUGAAAUGUUAUCUUCCGAGAACCACAUAAGUUGUCGCUGACAGCAGGAAGAUUGAAGCAAGUGAAUUGUGAUAUAACUGAACUUCAAUAGAGGGCUUUUUUUUAAAAAAAGUUGUUCCACAGUGCAUCAGAGCAAAUUACUGCUUUACUUUUGAGUGACUUACAGGUGCUUGCCUGCAUUGCAAUAAAGGACUCAUAUAUUGAGCAAGACUUAUUUAUCUCUUCAUUUUGGAGAGUCUAAUAAACUGUUAUUACAGUUUCUGUACUGACUUUCAAAGUUUUGAAGUCUAAAAAGACAUCUUUAAAGAUAAAAGCAUGAGCACGGCCAGAACAGAGAACCCUGUUAUAAUGGGUCUAUCCAGUCAGAAUGGGCAGUUGAGAGGCCCUGUAAAACCCAGCGGGGGCCCAGGAGGUGGAGGCACACAAACUCAGCAACAGAUGAACCAGCUGAAAAAUGCCAACACAAUCAAUAAUGGCACUCAACAGCAAGCACAGAGUAUGACCACCGCUAUUAAACCUGGUGAUGACUGGAAGAAGACUUUAAAACUCCCUCCAAAGGAUUUGAGAAUCAAAACUUCGGACGUGACCUCCACAAAAGGAAAUGAGUUUGAAGAUUACUGUUUGAAACGGGAGUUACUGAUGGGAAUUUUUGAAAUGGGCUGGGAAAAACCAUCUCCUAUUCAGGAGGAGAGCAUCCCCAUUGCUUUAUCUGGUAGGGAUAUCUUGGCUAGAGCAAAAAAUGGAACAGGCAAGAGUGGAGCCUACCUCAUUCCUUUACUUGAACGGCUAGACUUAAAGAAGGACAAUAUACAAGCAAUGGUGAUUGUUCCCACCCGUGAACUAGCCCUGCAGGUCAGUCAAAUCUGUAUCCAAGUCAGCAAGCACAUGGGAGGUGCCAAAGUGAUGGCAACAACGGGAGGAACCAAUUUGCGAGAUGACAUAAUGAGACUUGAUGAUACAGUGCAUGUGGUGAUAGCUACCCCUGGGAGAAUUCUCGACCUCAUCAAGAAAGGAGUAGCAAAAGUUGAGCAUGUCCAGAUGAUAGUAUUGGAUGAGGCAGAUAAGUUGCUGUCUCAAGAUUUUGUUCAAAUAAUGGAAGACAUAAUCCUUACGCUACCUAAAAACAGACAGAUUUUGCUCUACUCAGCCACUUUUCCUUUGAGUGUGCAGAAGUUCAUGAAUUCCCAUUUGCAGAAACCCUAUGAGAUAAAUCUGAUGGAGGAGCUGACCUUGAAGGGAGUUACUCAGUACUAUGCCUAUGUCACUGAGCGUCAGAAAGUGCACUGCCUCAAUACACUCUUUUCCAGGCUCCAGAUUAACCAGUCGAUCAUUUUCUGCAACUCCUCUCAACGGGUUGAAUUGCUAGCCAAAAAGAUCUCCCAGCUGGGCUAUUCCUGCUUUUACAUCCAUGCUAAAAUGAGGCAGGAGCACCGCAAUCGUGUAUUCCAUGAUUUCCGAAAUGGCUUGUGCCGCAAUCUCGUUUGCACUGAUCUGUUUACCCGAGGUAUUGAUAUCCAGGCUGUGAAUGUGGUGAUAAAUUUUGAUUUCCCAAAGCUGGCAGAAACUUAUCUUCAUCGCAUUGGCAGAUCAGGUCGCUUUGGUCAUCUUGGCCUGGCCAUCAACUUAAUCACCUAUGAUGAUCGAUUCAACCUGAAAAGUAUUGAGGAGCAGUUGGGAACUGAAAUUAAACCCAUACCAAGCAACAUCGACAAGAGCUUGUAUGUGGCAGAAUACCACAGUGAACCUGUAGAAGAUGAGAAACAGUAAACAUGCAGGCUUUGAUUACACAUGCCAGAAGGUGAAGCCCUAUGAUCCAGAUCUGUGACACAUCGUUUCUUUGGGGAUACCCUUCUCUUUGUGGGUUUUUCUUCAUCUUUUCAUUUUGGAACUAUGAAGACUAAAAGAGCUCGGCCUUUUUUUCUCUUUAAAUUUGGCAGCAAGGAAGAAAGAAGAUAAAAGGAGGAAUGUCUUUUUGUUUUUCCACUUGUUUGCACUGUGUGCUGAUUGAACAUUAGUUGCACUAACUGCUGGUUUUAAAUUUUGUUUUCUUUGGGCGGGAGGGUCAGCAAGGGAAGAAGAGAAACCCUGAAAAGAGAAGAAUCUUGAUGAAUACGAGCUUGUCUGCUAUUUCAAAUUCUUUAACCAUUGACUGAGUGCAUUUCAACUUCUCCCUGGUUACUCAUCUGUUUUUUAAGCUAAAGAGCUUCUUACUUAUUCGUGCAAAGUGCCUUAUGCUAUGAGACCAUUCAGAAUAUCACCUUUCCAACACAGCCCAAGGAAUCGACAUCUGUUUUUGGUUUCAGGUCAAAGUUCCCCUCUCUUCCCCUUCUCCUCCUUCCCAUGUAGUCAAACCCAGGGCUGGGAGGUGAAAUGUAUUGGUUAUUGGUAAUACUCCUUUUUUUUUUUUUCAACUUUUAAAUUUUUUUUUAAUUUUUUUUUUAUUGGAGGAGUUGAUAUGCAUCUGCAGUUCACUCAAACUGUAAAUAUCUGUAUUUAAAAUGAAACCAACCUAAAAUCUGGGCUGAUUACGUGCAGCAUCAUAGCUCCAGAAGGAAAGAGUAGCCUGUGAUCCUUUGCAGGAGCCAUAAGAAAAGCCCUGUGCUCUAGCAGAACACUAAAGACUGGUUUCCAUGAGUCUUCAUUAGUAGUUCCAGCACUUGAUAGGUAGACUUGUUUCAGAGCCAUGGCCCUCUUUCUUCUGGUGCAGUGUGUCCCAUAGAAAAUCAGAUGUGUAUAUUGUACAAACUUUGUAAAUAUGAUUUUUUUUUCUGUUUGGGUUCAUAUAUAACUUUUUCUUUUAUGAUGAAGGUUGCUGAGGUUAAAGGGAUUAAGACUGAUUAUGGGAGCAGCUAAAGAUGAGAGGGGCUCAGUUUUCUGCAACACUAAACAAUGAGAUGUUCUCUGACCUCUGUGAACUGCAGGCCACCACAAGUGUUCCUUGUCAGGGUGGAUUUACUCUGGUGCUAGCAACAGUCCUGUACUGCUCGUAUGGAAGAGAUCACUUGUGGGGCUCCAAGACCUCCAAAUCCAUAGCUCAGCCUUUUGGGAGAUGCUCUUUGAUUUUCCCCUUUAGAAACUUCAGGAACUUGACAAGCUCUGAAGGAGUCCAUGACCUGUGUUCCACCAUGGUGUGAGGGAAAUCCAGUGGGUGUCGCUGAGCAGUAUACGCGUAAGGUGUGGAUUUGGGUUUGAGACACCAUAAAAAAACCAGUUUGCGUGCAUAAACUGACAGCUCUGGAGCUUUGUGGAAUUGAUUCACUUCCUGCAUUGCUGCGUUUUCUGCCCAGAGUGGCCUCUGUGCAGAACUGUGAGCAGGUAAGGGCAAACCCCCGUUAAUGUCAGAAGCUGCAGGAAGCUGCUUGCCAACUACUCUUGUUUGCCAUGAGUUGCUGUCUGUCAUUUUACAUUGUAUAUUGCUGAAAAGUGCUUUCUGGUCAAGUAGUGUUGCUUUAAAUUGUGCCCCUCCCAACAUGCUUGAUGUUUGGCCUGAUCUACAGGCAAAAGGAGUGGGACAAAUCAAAAAAUUACUCUUUUUAAAAUCCCUUUUAGCCUGUUAACCACCACUGUCAGGAGGCACCUGGGUGAAUGCAAUCCCUUUUGCUCAGUCAUUUAUUGCAUAUACAAAUGCUGCACUCACACCAUGCUUGCUUACCUUUGAGGCAGGAUUUAAUUGUCUUAAUUUCUCCCCAUUUUGACCCUUUUUUUGAAUUGGAGUAAAAUAGUUUGGAAUCGCAAGGUGGACUAGCCAUUCCUUUCCCUGAUGAUCAUAAAUAGAAGCCAGGUGCCUCCUGACAACAACUUUACAAGAUUGAAAGGUUUUUGUGUUCGGGAUGUUUUUCUUUUUGUCAGCAGUGACUCCAUAAUUGUAGCAAAUGCUGCACUAGAAUACAAACUCAAGAGCUUGGUCUCUGUGAGCCACAUAGCUUAUAUCUGACUGGCAGGUACUAAAUGUAAACAGUUUUGGGGUGCUUUUUGGGGGUGGGGGGUGGGAGCUUCUGGGUGGUAACUUUGACCAAAAGUAAAAUCUUGCUCCUGUACUGCAGCCAGCUUAUGAUUUUCCAGACAGAAGAGGGAUCAUUUUAAUGCAACAAAGACAUGAAAAUGUAAAUAAAUUUUGUAUCUCAUCAGGGCAUGCACAUGUAACAAGAACAGGAUAGCGAUGUCAAGUCGAGUGUGUGUGCUCUGCAUGGAUUUGUGGUAGGUUAGCCUGGUGCCAUGCAUCGAUGGUCCCUCUUGAAGCACAGAACUAUUGAAAGUAUUACUUUAAAAUUGACCUCUCCUUGAGGAAUGGCACUUACCUAAACUAUCGGGGGCACCAUUUUUAGGUGGCUUCUUGUCAAGGAAGAAGCAGCCUAUUUUUGGUGCUAGUAGGCUAUCUCAGACAGAUGCGAUCUUGCAAAUGGAAAGAUGCUCCAGAAGACUAGGAUAAUCCUAGUUUUGAUUUUUUUUUUGUUUUGUUUUUAUUUUGUGUGUGUGGGGUGUUUUUUUUUUCUUCCCCUUUUUGUUUGUUUGGGGCUUUUGUUUGUUUUCGGUUAUUUUGGUUUGGGGUUUUCUUGGUUGUUUUGUUCCCUACCAAAGAGUAAGGAGUGUGUAUAAAUCUUGGCUUCCUGAGAUUUCUUGUGAGCUCCAGUUUUUGCUGGUUAUCAGCUUUUACAGAUACAUUAGUCAGAACCUUCAGUGAUGAGCCUUAGGUCAAAUACUUCCUCUGGCAAAGUUGAUGAGAAUGAGGACCUGAUGUGUUCUGCAUUCCUUUUUUGUUGGAAGUCUGAAAAUGUCACUCUGAGUCUCUGAAAUGGAGUUUCACAACUGGAUGAGGUGGCUGUGAAGAAGGAAUCUUCAGCCACUUGAGAGAACUUAUAGGCCAGUCUCUGGGUGUCCGCUGUCAGGUGGGCAUUGUAGCUGCUGGAGGCCUGUUCCCAAAGGGGGGGGGGGGUGUGUUGGUCUCAAAUACAUGUUUCAAUUUCCAGAAUGAGAUGGGAGCAUCUUUCCUUGCCCUCUGUGACUGUUUUUGUGGGUAAGAACAGGGAAGCUCAACAUGAAUUCAUGUUGUGUUACAUGGUGGUAUCAAAUCAUCUCAUUCUGAUCUUCUGUUUAUUUUUAUUUGGGAUGGGGGGGAGGGUGUCUGCUCCAAGGAUUUAAAAAUGCUUCAAACACUUUUUUCUUUACAAAUGACUGAUAGGACACAAACCUGAGCAGAUGGCUGUCUUGCCUCAGUUUCUGUAAGAGAGGUUACAGAGCUGUCAUGCCACAUCUCUUGAGCUGCUGUUGUGGUGGUUCUUGCCCUGAUGCUGAACUUCAUAAUGCUGCUGGGGCUGCUGGUCAUUACUUCUGAGAACAAAGUGAAUUUUGUUCCCAGAGACUCUAGCAGUACAGCUACCAUGGUAGUGGUUGGGCAGCUGUAGUCCCUGCAGGGAGUUUUCUGCUUGCUGUGAACUUCUGGUCCAUCUUUUUUGAAUCACAGUUUAUCUUUGUAAUCAAACCAGGUCUCUGGACCAAAGAGCAUGCAUCUGAACUUCACAAGAAGGCUUUGGCAGAUUAUCCUGUAGGCUUUGCUCAGUUCAUCGCUGCAUUGCUAAAAUGCCUCUGCGUGGAAGCAUUGUUAAAUUCUGCUGUAGACAAGUUA